AUGGCGCUGUCCGGUUCAGUACUCGUGCGACUCAGAGCGUUGUGUAACCUUGGGAAAUCUUUGGAUACAGGGAACACAAUUGGACAAAAUUACAAUCGGGUCCGGUGGUACAAGACAAAAGCCAAGAGCUAUCAGGACACUGCAGCGUCAGCGGGCCAGACAAGACGGGGUAGUGAGCUGCUGAAAGAGUUCCCUGAACCGAAAAACCUGCUGUUUACCACCAUAUCCCGGUCGCUUGGGGUGUCUGACCUCUCCCAACACAUCCAGUACCACUGCACAGAGGAUGAGGGUCUCAAGAGAGCAACUGUUACACUCCUCUGGCCCAGCAAGAUGGAGAUGGAGGGCUUUGCUCGCAAGAAGAUUGAUGCUGAACGAUACGCUGCAGCUGCUGCCUGUCACAAGCUGAGGGAGAUAGGUGUGCUGGGUCCAGACAAUCAGGUGGCCAGGAGGAGUGUGGGACGAACGCAAGGGCCACCACUGUCAGCCUUAGAGGACCUGGAGGAGUGUCGGUGGACAGAUGUCCAUGUGCCUAGACGAGACCUCCAGAAUGGAUCCUUGGAAGCUCGCAUUCAAUCAAGUGUUUACAGGGCACCUGAGGAGAAUUCUGAGCUCUCCCAGGCUCUUUCCAUGUUCGUAAAUCCUAAAGCUCUGCUGACCAGGGUCAUCCAGGUGGCCACGUCCUCCAACAGAUUCAGGGAGCUGGUACAGUACAAGACGGUGGGCGGUAAGAUGAAGAGAUGUGAGCUGACCAUGCGAUGGCCAGAGGAGAUUACGUUUGUGGCCUCGGCUCUUCGCAGAGUGGAGGCAGAGAGGAGAGCUGCUGCACUGGCCUGUCUCAAACUGAAGCAAAUGGAUCUGCUAGAUGAAGACAACCAACCUCUGACCCAUGCUAAGUACCACAAGGAGGAGAUGCGUGAGGCAGGGCAGAGAGACAGACAGCCCUGUCAUCUGGAGAUACCCGAGUACUUGGAGCAUAGCACCAGAGAAUACCUCACACAGUAUCCAGUGGCGACAGAGAUGCAGAAGCUGUGGGAGGAAGAGGAGGAGAGAAGCCAGCAAAGGUUGAACCAGCAGGAUGAAGAGGAGGAAGAGGAACUCGUCACAGAUGCCAUCACAGGCAGGCCAUACCGGCCCAUCUCUACCCAGGAGGCCGAGCAGCUGAGCGCCGACCUACAGGAGGAGUGGGAGAGGGCAGGGCCUGGCCUGGGGGUGGAGCUCCCGGUUGACGCCCACCGGGAACGCGUUGUGUCAGCGGUGGAAUCCUCCAGGGUCAUUGUGGUUGCUGGGGAGACGGGAUGUGGCAAGACAACGCGUAUCCCGCGCUUUCUCCUGGAGGGGCGUGUGCGGGGUGGGGAGGGGGCGGAGUGUAACAUCUUGGUCACCCAGCCUCGGAGGAUUAGCGCUGUGUCAGUGGCUCACCGUGUUGCCCACGAGAUGGGCCCCGCCCUCAAACGCUCUGUAGGGUAUCAGGUGCGUCUGGAGAGCCGUCCCCCGGAGCACAGCGGUGGGGCCCUUCUCUUCCUGACGGUGGGGGUGUUACUGAGGAAGCUGCAGGGUAACGCCUCCCUGAGGGGGGUUAGCCAUGUGGUGGUGGACGAGGUCCACGAGAGGGACGUCAAUACGGACCUGCUGCUGGCCCUGCUGCGACCCGCCCUAAGGGACAACCCCAACCUCCGCGUCGUGCUGAUGAGCGCCACAGGGGAUAACCAGAGGCUGGCCCAGUACUUCGGGGGCUGCCCCGUUGUCAGUGUUCCCGGGUUCAUGCACCCUGUCAGGGAUCUGUACCUGGAGGAGGUCCUUAGGGAGAUGGGGAGACCACCGCCACCCCCGGCGAGGACAGACUUGCAGGGACGGGAGAAGGAUGAUGCCACGCCAGACCUGGACUUAGUAGCUAAUGUGAUAGAGCACAUCCACAGACAGGGAGAGCCAGGUGCAGUGCUGUGUUUCCUACCAGGUUGGCAGGACAUUAAGGCUGUCCAGAAGAGACUCGAGGAGAAACCAACCCUCCAGUCUGGCUCUCGAAUGAUCCUACCAUUACACUCAAGCAUGUCGGUGGGUGACCAGCAGGCCGUGUUCCAGCGACCCCCUGAGGGCCGGAGGAAGAUCGUCCUGGCCACCAACAUCGCUGAGACCUCUAUCACCAUCGACGACAUCGUUCACGUAGUAAACGCGGGCUCUCAGAAGGAGCAGAACUACGACACACGGACCAAGGUGUCAUGUCUAGACACAGUCUGGAUCUCGCGCUCCAAUGUCACUCAGCGUAGAGGGAGGGCGGGGCGAUGCCGGCCUGGACAUGCCUACCACCUGUUCCCACGGAAACGCCUGGAAUCAAUGACGACCUUCCCUGUGCCUGAGAUCCUACGCACCCCUCUGGAGAGCCUGGUGGUACAGGCCAAGAUCCACAGCCCCCACUGCAAGGCAGUGGAUUUCCUAUCGCAGGUGUUGGACAGCCCAGAGCGAGAGGCUGUGACCGAUGCUGUUCGCAACCUGCAAGACAUUGGUGUUCUGGACAAGACAGAGGCCCUGACUCCCCUGGGGGAGAGAGUAGCCUGUCUGUCCUGUGACCCGCGCCUGGGGAAGGUGCUGGUGCUUGCUGCUCUGUUCCGCUGUGUCCUGCCCCUGCUGUCAGUCACAGCCUGUCUCACCAGAGACCCUUUCCACAACAGCAUGCAGAACAGAGCCCUGGUCUCUAAGGCUAAGGAAGACCUGGGAGGUUCAAGCUACAGUGAUUACCUGGUGUUCAGUCGAGCUGUGUUGGGCUGGAGGAGUGUUCAGCAAGAGGGGGACAGAGAGACCAGACAGGACUACUUGAAUAGAUACACACUGUCUGGAGCCGGCCUGCGCUUCAUCAAUGGUCUGACCUCCCAGUUCAGUGAGAACCUCCUUGAGGCUGGGCUGGUGGAGCGCUCAGCUGACUGCCAGAGAUCCUCCUCCCUCUACAACCAACACAGCCACCAGGACGAGCUGGUCAAGGCUGUGCUGCUGGCCGGUCUCUACCCCAACCUCAUACAGGUGAAAAGGGGAGCAGUGACCAAAGGUCGCUUCCGCCCCAACAGCCUGUCCUUCCGUACGCAGAGUGGCCCAGUGCUCAUGCACCGCUCCUCGGUCAACAGGGGAGAGGAGAAGUUCCCCAGUCGCUGGCUGACCUUCUUCAGUGCGAUCAAGUCCAACGGUAACGUCUUCAUCAGAGACUCCUCAGCAGCCCACCCCCUCGCCCUACUGCUGCUCACCGACUGUGACAUCACUGAGAGAGUGAAUGGUGACCGUGUGGAGGUGGCGUUCCCGGGGCGGUCUCUGGUACGCUGUGAGCUGUCUGUCCAGACAUGGGAGCUGCUGUGGGAGCUACGCUCCUCCAUCCAGACCAUGCUGUACCGCAACCUCCGCCCACACAGCUCAGCCAAUUACAUCACACAGGAUGGCAAGCUCAUCUCGCUAUUGGUGGAGCUGCUGAACAAUACUGAGUCCAAUACAGACCCCCAGCCAAACGGUGGCCACAGUGACUCUGAGGUAGACUGAUUCACUCGCAUUGGAAUAAAGGAAUGUCAAAGCACUGUGGAGUACUGUUUUGUGACCUGAAAAAACUCUGGCUGUAGCAAGAGUCCAUAUUUCUGGCCAGGAAAAAAGUACCAAAGCAAAAUGCUUGGGGCACGGUCUGCUGACAAAUCUGAGAAGACAUGUAAUAUCGGUUAACUGUACAAUACUAUCCAUAGUUCACUACCCAUUCUAAAUGUCCUCUAUCACCUCACCUGAGAUAUAAUGAGAAAAUGUUUGGAAAUAUAGAUGAAUGGGAACACUGAGUUUACAAUGGAGUUCAGGAAAAUACAUCAUGACCUGAAGGUUUGACUCUUAAACUAUAUUUCAAGAGCCCCAUUUAAAUAGGAGUGAACUCAUGGUACAGUAAAUGGGUCACUGUAAAUACUACUGUGGUUGCUUUCUAUAUGGGAAGAAAUCCAUUUGUUUGACUAGAUUAUGGACUCAAGUAUAUUUGCUUUUUGAAAAGCAGAAAGUUGAAUGAAUCUGACUGUUAAUGAGUGUCUAGUGACCUGUGCACUACAGCGAGACGGUGUCAAGAUGACAGCGAGACGGUGUCAAGAUGACACAAUAAUGAUUGCAUAAUUGUUUUCACGUGAAUGUAUUGUUAACCAUUAUUUUUUAUUUAAUUAUGGUCUGUUGAAUGAUAAAGAUGUUAAACAAUGUUA